AGAAGCUCCCGCUAUUUUUUUGCUCAGUCGUCAUACCUAAAGGACCAAAGGACCAAAGCUCUCGACAACGACGGUCGUUUAAAAUCACGGCCCUCCCUUCGAGACCGCUACCAUGCGCGGCGUCUCCCUUCCGACUAUAAGAGGUCGCGCUGAUCAAUUGGCACGUCGAACAAACUACAUUUGCCGGCAAUGUAGAGCUAUCCAGAUCAGUUCCUCUCCCUCGACCGAGUCCCCUCGUCUUAGUGGGGAUAUCUUCGGCACGUCUGUUGGUGGAUUUAAGGAUGUCACGGAUGCCCGAUUCGAGGUUUUAGGGUCGCCGUAUUCCCUGCUCAAAGUAACGCUCUCAGCUUCGCAAAGACUAUACACACGCCGCGGAACACUCGUAGCGGUCUCUGGCAAAGCACAAAAUGCGCAAUCAACCCUCUCCAUCCUCUCCCCCUUCACCCGCGCCGCCACCGGCGUCCCAUUCCUCUACCAGCGCAUCACCUCAACAACACCCCUCACCGCGCUAAUAUCCACGAAAUCACCCACCACGACAUUCACAGUCCUACACCUCGACGGAACAACAGACUGGAUAGUAGCCCAGCGCUCCGCCCUGCUCGCCUGGACCGGACACACGCUAGGCGUAACGCCACGACUACAAACGCGCCUCCCACUGGCGCACUGGGGUUCCUCGGAGCUCACGGGGCGCGGACUUGCCGCGCUCUCGGCCCCGGGCCAUAUAUACCAGCUCACGCUCUCCGAAGGCGAGGAGUUCGUCGCACACCCCGCCAACGUAGUCGCGUACACGAUCACCAAAACGCCACCCCUGCCCUUCCGCUUCCGCAGCUCCGGGUUCGUCGGGUUCCAGGUCCCCUCGCUUGCGCACUUACUCCCGAGCACGCCGUUCCUGGAUAACAUGCGCAAGACGGAGACGUAUAAGUUCCUGGCGAAGGCCCUGUUCGCGGCGCGGACGGCGGCGAGGAGGACGGUUUGGGGCGAUAGGUUGUUUUUGCAGUUUCGUGGCCCGAUGACGUUGUUGAUGUCGAGUCGGGGGGUGAGGGUUAGUGAUGUGCUGAGUAGUGCGGAGGUUAAUGAGCUGGCGGAUGCGCCGAUGGGGGAGGUGUCGAAGGUGGUGGAGUUGAAGAUGAAGGAGGGGGGUGAGGAGGGGAAGGGGAAGGUGGGGGAGAAGGCUGAGGCUGAGGUGAGGGUUAAUGUUGCGAGUGUUAGGGAGGAUGGGAAGGUUAGGAUUGAGGAGACGGGGGAUUUGAAGGGGUUUGAGAAGAAGUAGAGGGGGUUGGAUAGGGGGGGUAGAGGAUGGAAAAGGGGGGGUAUUGGCUGUACGAUGUACUAUAGACCAGUCACGAGCAUUAAAAGGAGCAUUGACUACGAUUCUAUGGGAGCCUGAAAAAAUAGAUGUAUGAUACCCGGUCAAGGUUCAAGACUAUAUCCUAGACAAGGUGUGAUCGAGAGAAUGUGCGAUGAGUGAUGUGACGGGAUAUUCCAUCUAGCCCCGAGUCAGCUCGGUCGAAGCAUCUCUUUCUCUUUCUCUUACAACAACGCCGAUACCAAUUCUAACUUUCUCUAUUAUCAAUUAUCAACCUGCUUCAGACGAGGACUAUAAGUGCCGAAUAGAACAUACUGGAUCCUGGUUGGCUCUGACAUUAUGUGGUACUUGCGUGAGGCUCUCUAACACUUAAGGGUGGGUUUGGUGUAAUGAACCUGUAGCCCACGAUACCCGCCGGCACACGUGUACUGACUAACCGUCCGGUUGAAGAAUACGGAUAUCUAAUGGUUAAGAGAACUCGGCUUCGGCCGUAUUUUUGAGUCAUUUUUAGGUCGGCCGACGGUUUGAGGAACGUCCGUAUGGCUUACGACACAUUGAUCUGCGGUUCUCGACUUGACGAUGUCCGGCUUGGUAGAAUAUGGUAUAGCCAAGUCAAGCUAAAGCGGC